CACAGCUGGAGCCGGCGCAGUCUGCGCGGCGCUGUCGCCCUCGCGCUCCCGCUGCCCGGCCCGCGGCCGGCGGACUUUGCGGAGGGCCCCCGGCGUAGGCGGCGACGGGUGUGGGCCGAGCCGGUAUUUAUAGCUCGGUGACAGCUGCGGUGGCAGCGACGCCGCCGGCCCGUCUCGCCGCGCUUCCCAGCGAGGCCGCGGGCUCGGCGGAGGGCUGCGCUCCACAGGGUCUCCCGAGUGCGGACGCCCAGAGCCCGCGCGGCCCCCUUGGUAAACUACGGAAUUGAAGUUUUGAAGGAUGGGUAAAGACUUCCGUUAUUAUUUCCAGCAUCCCUGGUCUCGGUUGAUUGUGGCUUACUUGGUGAUCUUCUUUAACUUCUUAAUAUUUGCGGAGGACCCAGUUUCUCAUAGCCAAACAGAAGCCAACGUUAUUGUUGUUGGAAACUGUUUUUCAUUUGUAACAAAUAAAUACCCUAGAGAAGUUGGCUGGAGGCUUUUGAAGGUGCUUCUAUGGCUACUUGCCAUUCUCAUAGGACUAAUAGCUGGCAAAUUUCUGUUCCAUCAGCGUUUGUUUGGUCAGUUGCUUCGGUUAAAAAUGUUUCGAGAGGAUCAUGGAUCGUGGAUGACAAUGUUCUUCAGCACAAUUCUCUUUCUCUUCAUAUUUUCUCACAUAUACAACACGAUUCUUCUAAUGGAUGGGAACAUGGGAGCGUAUAUCAUUACAGACUAUAUGGGCAUCCGAAAUGAAAGUUUCAUGAAAUUAGCUGCAGUAGGGACCUGGAUGGGGGACUUUGUCACAGCUUGGAUGGUCACUGAUAUGAUGCUUCAGGACAAGCCCUAUCCUGAUUGGGGAAAAUCUGCAAGAGCUUUCUGGAAGAAAGGAAAUGUUAGGAUUAUUUUAUUCUGGACGGUUCUUUUCACUCUGACAUCUGUGGUUGUACUUGUCAUUACAACUGACUGGAUCAGCUGGGACAAGCUAAAUCGGGGAUUUUUGCCCAGUGAUGAAGUUUCCAGAGCCUUCCUGGCUUCUUUCAUCUUGGUCUUUGACCUCCUUAUUGUAAUGCAGUUUCUUUCCAGCUUUGACGUCUUCCCCAAGCUGCAGACCCACAUUCCACUUGUCUUCUGGACACUGCCACCUGAAUAUCCCACAGGAGUCUCAUACUUAACAGUGAGGACUUGUUUUAUGACCUUACCAUUCUCCCCCAAAUUGCUCUGCCUCCUAUAUUUUGUGGUUGUUGUUAAUUAUGUCACCAUCUAUUCAGUCUCUCAAGCAAGGAAAAUAGAUUUGCCUUUUGCUUCUCCCAUACCUUUGGUUCUCAUAUCCAAUAUAUUGACAUCAGUGCCAUCAUUAAUUUCUCAAACCUCACUCCUGCCUUCCUAGCACUGGCCUCAUCAAGUCUUCCAUAGACUUUUACAGUAACUUCUUAUCACAAGACGCUCCCCACUCUAGUCAUUAAUCUACCUACAUUAUUACUAUAGUCAUCUUCCUAAGGACAGGUUUGAUCAUGUCAUUCACCAGCUCCAGAAUCUCUUGUUGGCCCCAUUGCAUGUUGCAUAAAGUCCAAUCAUGGAAGCAUUGGAAAUAAAACCCUCAGGUACUGGCCUCUCAGUCUCAUUCCUACCACUCAGAUUCAACCAUACUGAACUUCUCACCCUUCCCUGCACAAACCUGGCCCGUUCACAACUAUUUUAUGCUCUUUUGCUUCAGCUGGAAAAACCUUAGCCAUCUUAGUCAUCUUUUCAACAGGAGGACAAAAAUCACCUUCUCUGGGGAGCCUUUUUGAAUGCUUUCCGGCAGGAUGACUUUCUUCCCCCCUCUCUGUCCUUUGACACUUUACUUCCUACCUGCAACCUAGCACUUACCAUGUUUAUGAUGAUUUCCCUAUCUUGGUGUCUGCGUCCAUUAGACUGUGAGAUCCUGUAGGACAGAGAAGUAUCAAAAAUUCUCUGUGUCCCCAGAGCCUCACGGGGAGCCUACACAAUGGCUACAGAGUAAGUGUUGACUAUAUGAAUGAAUAAAAAAGCAUAAUGAAAUGACUAAGUCAGAGGAUGGACACUUAGUGUGGCUUCAGAAAGCAGAACAAUAGGAGGGCAGGAUCUGGCUAAAUGCAGAGCAGAACAUUCUAAGUGUCAGAGCUCUUUUUAGGAAGUAAAAGUGUCCCUUCUGUAGAAAAGCUCGGAAGUGGUUGACCACUUAUGAGUGGUUGGCUAGGGGAUUUGUGCAUAAAGUAAGGGGUGGCCGUACUGUAUGCCUCUAAUUCAGUUCAGAAGUUGUGUUAUUCUUCAUUAGUACACAGUCCUCAGAUCAUCUGACCAUUUCGAGUAAUCAGUAAUAGCUGAAUUUUAACCCUAGCUCUGGAAGCUUAUUUCCUAUAAAUAACUGGGAAUGUAUUCAGUUGGAACUCAGCUGAGACAGGGAGAGUGGUAUAUCAAGCAAACACAAAUGACACACUGUAAUUUUUAGAGGAUUGUACAUAAAAACCAAAGUAUCCUGUUUUUAACCUUGAGAGGAAGUGGGCAUUUGCCUUUUGGUACUCUCAGUGCAGGGAGCAACUUCCUCCCACUCCUGCCUUCUAGUUUGGCAUUAAGGGACAUUGCCCAGUCUGAACUUGGAUUGAGUCCAACCCUGUCUCCUUGUGCUAAAUUGUAGGUCUAAUAUCUCUGUGGUUUUAUAAUAACAUAAAUCAUUAUAAUGUAUUGUUUUUAUAUAGCACCUUUCUCUAAGGAACAUAAAGUGCUGCAUGGACGUUAUCUCAUUAAAUCUCACAGUGCACUGGGGACAUUGAGAGGAUGCAGGUGAUAUUGUAUCCCCUUUGAACCCAGAGUUGAAAAGGAAUUGCUUCAACCAAAACUAAAUAAAAGCAAGAUUGAAUAAAAGCAAGAUUUAUAAGACAAUAUAAGAUUAGAGUUUAAAGAAAGAAAUUGUUGGAAUUAAAGAGAGAUUUAAAAA